UAAGCGGCAGCAUUGUAUUUUUACGACCCGGUGGUCUGCCGAAAAGUAGCUCGUUGGUUAUUGACGUCACGACCAAGACCAGGCACCCACGAGGAUAUUUACUCAUCAACAAAAUGGGCAAAACGAACAAAAAGAAGACGAAACAGUUUGCAACAAUGAAGAGGAUGAUCAGUCUAAAAGAUGCACGAUUACAAGUUAAUAAGGACCAAUCAAAGAAGUCUGCAAAAAAGAAGAAGCUGGACCCAUCGGCACUGAAAGAAGUCGAAGUGCCCAAGUAUCCCUCCUGUCUCUUCUUCCAGUACAACACUCAGCUGGGUCCCCCCUAUCACAUCUUGGUGGACACCAACUUCAUCAACUUCUCCAUCAAGGCCAAACUGGACGUCAUGCAGUCUAUGAUGGACUGUCUGUAUGCAAAGUGUAUUCCUUACAUCACAGAUUGUGUUAUGGCUGAAUUGGAGAAGCUGGGAAUGAAGUAUCGAGUGGCACUAAGGAUAGCCAAGGACCCGCGCUUUGAACGCCUGCCGUGCACACACAAAGGAACAUACGCCGAUGACUGCUUAGUCCAGAGAGUCACACAGCAUAAAUGUUAUAUCGUGGCCACAGUGGAUAAAGACCUGAAGAGGCGCAUCAGGAAGAUCCCCGGCGUCCCCAUCAUGUACCUCUCCAAUCACAAGUACAACAUUGAAAGGAUGCCAGACGACUACGGUGCACCGAGGACCUAGAUGUAGAAGCUACAUCAGAGAUGUCUUAUUUGCACAGCUAACUGAUUUAGACGUUAAUUUUCCGAAAGAAUAUGUAUCAUAUUGGAUAUUUAUUCAAUGACACAAUGAAAACAUGUAAUAUUGAAGAAACAAUGUGACCAGGGCUAUACAUUAACUGUUUUUCAUCACUAGCCAUAGCAAGUUGGCAAGUAGAAGUUAAUCUUACUAGCCAAACAAACUCACCAUUAGUGAAAUUGUCCAGUAAGUUUUAUUUUCCACCAGCCGAACUGAAUUUUCACCUGUAUUUCGCUGGUUGGCGAGUGUUAAUCUAGAGCCCUGGAUGUAAAAUAACGAUAUAUUGAGACCCAUUUCUUUAUUUUUCUUUUCUUUACAAAUAAAAUGUUUGUUACAAUCUGA